GGUCCGUCCCGGAAAGGCGUCCGGGCGUUUAAUUGUCCGUGUUCGCGCGGCGCGGCGCGGCUGGGGGAAUGGCCGAGGGAGCCGACUUAAUCGACAUUUACGCGGACGAAGAGUUUAAUCAGGAGACUGACUACGUUGCAAAUGAUCAAGUUGACCUUUACGACGAUGUAAUAGCAGCUGCCGAUGGUAAUAACCACGAAGAUCAAAGCUACGAUGAGAUAUCGCCCCGGACACCUGGUGAGCCGCAGAAAACAGAAAAUAGUGCCAGGCCAACCAUCGUUUACACGUACGGAGGCAAAAGGCAAGCUGUCUAUGUGGGAAACCUAACGUGGUGGACAACAGAUCAAGAUGUGGCAGAUGCUGUCCAUUCAGUUGGCGUGCAGGAUCUACUGGAGAUCAAGUUCUAUGAAAACCGUGCCAAUGGGCAAUCAAAAGGGUUUGCUGAAGUGUAUCUGGGAUCCGAAAGUUCUGUUCGGCGUCUCAUGGAGCUGCUUCCACAAAGAGAACUUCACGGACAAAGACCAGAGGUCAUGCCUUGCAACAAACAGAGUCUCAACCAAUUUGAAGCACAAUCCAAGAAAAGACAAAAUCCGCAGAGAAGCCAGUCACAUGACUCAAUAAAUUCUCCCGACCACCGCGAUUCCCCAUUGCCCCGGAGAGGGCCAUCACCUGCUGAAAAUGCAAUUGCUCCACCCAGGAGGGAUAAGUUACCACUUGCCUUCCACAUGUCAGGGCGGCCUCCUUAUGGUGAUAUCCCACAUGGACUUCCACCCCCAGGCCUCCUCCCCCCUCCUAUGCCACUUCCUCUCAACGCUGGAUACGGGCCACCACUUCACAUGCAGCCGGGGCACAUGCCACUACAUGGCACGUUCAUGGGUCGACCUGGCCCUCCUGGAUCCAUUGUACCACCAUUGCCACCCGGAAUGCCUCCCCAUCUAGUCGUGCCUCCUCCAGGUGCCAUCCCACCUGCUCCCCACAUCAACCCAGCAUUCUUUAUACCACCAAAUGCCGGCCUGCCUCCACCGGUGGAUAACAGAGGGCUCCCUCCACCACCACCUGAUGCCUUUGGAAGACCACCACCAAAUCAGUUCAACAGAGAGGAAUUCAAGCGUGGCAGAGAUCCUGAUCCCGGUAGUCCUCCUUUAAAUGAAGCAGAUUUCGAAGAGAUGAUGAACAAGAACCGAGCAAUCUCUAGUAGCGCCAUCUCCAAAGCUGUCGCCGGGGCCAGCACAGGAGACUAUGGGAAUGCCAUCGAGACGUUGCUUACUGCCAUCGCAUUGAUCAGACAGUCAAAGGUUGCAGCAGAUGACCGCUGCAAGGUUUUAGUCAGCUCUCUGCAGGACUGUCUCCAUGGAAUUGAGUCCAAAUCAUACGGGUCAGGAUCCAGCAGAAAAAGAGAUCGAUCACGAGACCGAGAGUACAGCCGUUCCCACGACAGGAGCCGCAGGCACAGGGAGCGCUCUCACAGUGAAGAUCGACAUGAAGAUUAUUAUCGUGAGAGAAGCAGGGAACGUGAUCGGCAUAGAGACCGAGACCGUGACAGAGAAAGAGAUCGGGACAGGGAAUAUAGGCACCGCUAAGAGGAGAAUUUUCACCUUUGUACAGAUCCUGGAGCAGGAGAAAAAUUUAAAAAAAAAUCAGGAAGACAUUUUGAAACGAGUGAAGAAAGGAGCUGAAUUCUUGGGAGAGGUGUGUGCCUGAAGUAUUAGUACACACACAGCUGCAACUUGAAGAAUUUCUCCAGAUGGAAGUGGAUUUCUGGAACAUAUUAUGUCGAACAACCUGUUUUCAACAAUUACAUUAAACAUUUUAUACAUUCUCAGUUUCUUUAAAGGUUGCUGGCUGGUCAGAUCUUUUUACUAUAGGUGCAGUUGGCUGGGAGGACAUCUUCAAAAGGAGGUUGCAUGUUUUAUAGUUUGCCAUGAUUGACCAUGCCAAUAUUUUCAUUGCUCACAGAUGGCAUUGAGCCUGAACUUGCUCAGAGUCAUUGAUCAAACGUUUAAGGGUAUAAUGUCUUCAGUAAUAUGCAUCAUCUUGAAUAAAACCCUACAUUAAUGUUAUCUGUUUUGUUUUCUGUGGACACAUUGGAACAGGUCUUCUGGUAUCUCAUGAUUUAAUUGACGAUAGCAAUCAGAAUGAUAUGUUCCUGUCAGGAAUUUUAACAUUUUCCAUGUUGCAAGUGCACAGAUGAAUACUGACCCUCAGUGCUCCUGCUCCAGUCAAAGAGUAAAUGUUUUUUUUAAUUUUUUUUGUAUUUGGAGAGAAUGGGGUGCAGGACAAAGAAACCUUUUGUGCCAAGACCUGGUUGAAGACCCUAUUUUAAAAAAAUUGUAUAUAGACAGUGCUGUCGUCAUCCAGAUCACCCCGUAGGCACCCUGAUGUCAACUUGGAUCACACCCAGCCAACAGAAUUAAUUUUUCUUUGUGAUAGUAGAGUUGGAAAAGUAUUUUGGUUGUAAAUUUAAGAUAAAUAAAUGACGUUUUUUAGUAUCUUUUACAAUAUAAAAUACAGAUUUUUUUAGUAAAAACCAUGUGUAGAGAACCCCCUACAAUUUAUUGUUACCUGAAGAAUUUUUAAAAGCUAAAUUACAGCAUGCUAGUGAUCUCAGAUUGUUCAAGUAACUUCUAGCCACUCCUAGUGAGCAGUUUUCCUUUGUGCCAAGCUUAGUUCUUGGAAAUCCUCUCCAGUCACUUAGCCGGGCUCAACGUUACUUCACAUCACUGUUACUUUAAAAGAGGAAAUCUUACUGAACUUAUUAUUUUUAAUAGAUAAUAAAUAAUAACAAAAGACAAUGCCUACAAUUAACUGUUUAACUUGUUUAAAGGAUUAGAAUAAGUUGUUGAGAAUUACUGGGCAAGUGUUGACAACAAUCUUGGUGACAGAUAAUGCAGUAAGCAAGACAAAUCUUUCCCUUCCCAAGAAGUAAGAAGACAUUGAAUUUUCUAAGCCUUUAUGAAUCGCACAUUGUCAGGUAUACUGCAGCAGGGCCAGCUACAGUUCUGCCACAGUAGGAUGGUGAGAAAUGAUAAAACAUUGUUAUGACACCACUGCAAUCUUUGUGAAAUACAUUUUGCUCUUUGCCACUGGAUGUCCUUAGUGAACUAUUGGAAUAACAUAUGUAACUGGCUCCCAAUCAUCUUAAAUGAAAGCCCCACUAGUUCACAAUCAAUAUAAUACAGGCUCCCCCCUCAUCAAUAGCUGAUAAUGUCAAUGGCUGCGCCUUUUAAAGAGCUGGGUUGUCCCAGGGACUCUUUUUUGUGAAUUUUCUAACUAAAUUACUUGGUGUUAUUAAAGCCUUGAAGACUGCUGUAGCCUUUGUCAUGCCCGUUCUCCGCUGGAAAAGAAGUGGUCAUUCACACCAGAUCAGGAUACACUCGUGUACAAUAAAUUAAUGCACAUUGAUGACAUCUAGUGACACAAAUGAGUAUGGUGAACCCUCAGCAUUUUGGUUCAAGCUGGAUUUUUCUAAUCCCAAAACCAAUUGUUUUCAGUUAUGAAGAGCUGUUGUUUGCACACAUCCAGCUUUAAAGUGACAUACUUUUCAAUAGUUUUAAGUAGGCUUAAAAAACUGAACACCAUAUUGUGCAAUAAUGUCUUCAAUAGCGUCAUGAUGGAGGUCAGUGAUAGUAAUCUUGAAUGAUAACACAUGUUGCUGUUUAGGUGCUUUGUAGGAAGUUUCUACCUGAGGACUAAUGUAGUGUAGACCAUGAAGGAAAAGCAAGUGAGACAAACGAAUCACUGCUGAAAACGUAGCUACUAAUCAAGUGAUUUAUUUCAAAGUACACCUUGAUGACUUGUUGCAUAGGCAACAUACUAAUGGUGAGAAUUUCUGAAAUUUGCCAGCAAGCUUUGUGUGGAAUGUUUUUUUCUUUUAAGCCCUAAAUUAGGCUAGACCAUUAAGAUUUUGAUUUUAUUUCUUUCGUGCUUUGCAUUUUGGAGAGUUUGAAAUGAGAAUACCAUGAAUAUCCUGAGACUUGCAGCUGGGUUGGCACCUGCUGGCCUGGUGCUGCUGCAGUUGGUGCCAGUACUAGAGGGGAGGAGAGGAAUGCAGGAGAAAUGAUGGAAGAACUAAAGCAUUCCACAUAGAAUUUCAAUCUUUCUUCACUUGGGACAGUUUUCUGCUUUCUUUUUUAAAAUGGUAAAAAAUAUUUUUUUUAGUUGUACCAAUUUAAUGACAAGCAAUUUGUCAGUGACUUUGUACUGUGCUUGUGCGUUUACUGUGAAAUUAAAAAAAUUAAAUUGUUGCGUGUUUUCUUUUGUAGCUUGUUAAUCUGUAUAUUUUAGUGACACAAAGUACACUCCUGUGCAUUAAAAUGUAGAUUCCUGAUA